AUGUCUGAAUUUGAUCAAAGCAAGGCCUACGCCGAGCAGGAGGAAGUCUUCUUUGACGACGGCCGUGAACUCGAGCUCCUGCACUUUGUCUAUGGCAAGCCAGAUAUCGAGGAGAUUCGCGGCAAUCCUCAGAAGGUCCUGGCUGCCAUUGAUGAGUUCGCCAGGACGAAGAAGUACCUCAUGAACGUGGGAGAAGACAAGGGCAAGAUUGUUACCGAAUUGAUCUCGGAGGUCAAGCCAGAGACUAUGGUUGAGUUGGGAGGCUACAUUGGUUACUCCUGCGUUCUCUACGCCGACGCUGUCCGCAAGGCUGGUGGCAAGCGUUACUUCAGUCUCGAAAGAGAUCCCGUCUUUGGUGCAGUCAUUUCCUCGCUGGUCGACUUGGCUGGUCUAGGUGAUUUCGUCAAGGUCAUUAUUGGCUCUAGCGCUGUCUCAAUCAAGAGAAUGCACACCGAGGGUACCCUCAAACACAUCGAUAUGAUGUUCCUCGACCACUACAAGCCCGCCUACAAGACCGAUCUGAAGCUUUGUGAAGAACUCAAGCUUGUAACUCCUGGAACCGUGCUGGCCGCCGAUAACGUCAUCAAGCCCGGCAACCCACCAUACCUCGAGUACGUUCGCAGCAGUGUUGCUGAGAAGCGCAAGGCUGCCGAGCAGUCUUCGGACGAGAGCAACCCAGAUGCUAGAUUCGCCGACAGAACUGCCAAACAGUAUGCGAACAGACAGUCAGAGGAGAAGCUGCAACAGUCCAGAGGCAACCCCAACCUGAUCUAUGAGAGCAAGCUCAUCAACAGCUACGAGCCCUCAGGCACCAUGCUUACUGCUGAGUCGUCGCGCUUUGCGCAUGCACUGCAGAACGUGAAGCUGCUUGCUCUGAGCUUCUUUUUUCUCCCACUCGAUACCUUCAUCCUUUUCUUCAGCUAUGCGGUUCGCAUCCUUGUCGCCUUUCCAGCGACUUCGCACCGCGCCCGAGUGCGGUCUACCUACACGCGCUACUUCGAGCCCCGCACAGUGUUAGUGACUGGUGUAGGCAUGACGAAAGGCCUUGUCCUCGCUCGCCUAUUCUUUAUCGCUGGUCACAACGUUAUUGGGGCGGAUUUCGAGCCGCCAUUCUUGCCAAUCACUUGCGGGCACGUGUCACGCUCGAUAAAGGCUUUCCACCGUCUUGCGAAGCCUGAUGGCACCAGAGAAGGCUCAUCCAGAUAUUGCCAAAGUAUUCUGGACAUCGUCCGGAAGGAAAAGGUCGACCUGUGGGUCAGCUGUUCUGGUGUAGCGAGUGCUGUUGAGGAUGGACAGGCCAAGGAGAUGGUCGAACUGCUCACAAAGUGUAAGGCAGUGCAGUACAAUGUAGCUACGACACAGAAGCUGCACGAAAAGCACUCUUUCACCGAAUACACCAAAUCUCUUGGACUCACAGUCCCCGAGACUCAUACCAUUACAUCCAAGACCGCUGCUUUGAGGGUCCUAGAAGAUGUGCGACCCUCAGGCAAGAAGUUCAUCAUGAAGUUCAUUGGAACGGACGAUUCCGUCCGAGGUGACAUGACUCUGCUGCCAUUCGAUUCGGUCUCUGCGACAAAGGCACACAUCUCCCGCCUUCAGAUCUCAGAGAGCCGUCCCUGGAUUCUGCAACAAUUCAUUGAUGGCCCUGAGUACUGCACUCAUGCUUUGGUGGUUCGUGGUGAAGUCAAGGCUUUCACCGCUUGUCCUUCUGCCGAGCUCUUGAUGCAUUACGAAGCACUUUCUCCAGAUUCUUCACUUAGCCGUAGUAUGCUGCGCUUCACACAAGAGUAUGCGGCAAGCGACCCCGAGAACUUCACAGGCCAUCUCUCUUUCGACUUCUUGGUGGAUCGAAAAGAUGCUGAGCGUGCACAGAGAGAUCCUAACAUGGUGGUCACGCUCUAUCCCAUUGAAUGUAAUCCUCGUGCACAUACCGCAGUCGCUCUGUUCAACAAUACACCAGAGAUGAUCGAGAAGGGCUACAUGUCUCUUCUCGAAGAGCCUUCUACCCCUAGUAAGGAAGGCACCAAUGGAGCUUCCCCCACGCCACCCGUAUACCCUCACAACCCUGGAAAGUACUACUGGAUUGGUCACGACCUGGCGACCUUCGUGAUUCUGCCUGCUCUCUCGCUCUUGAAACUGCAUGGUAACAGUUUUGUCGAGGCUUUCGAACACUUUGGCACUUUUCUUGAACAUCUAUUCUUUUGGAAAGACGGCACCUACGAGAUCUGGGACCCGCUCCCAGCUUGGUGGCUUUAUCACGUCUACUGGCCGUUCCAGUUUGCUAAGAGCUUGGUCACGGGCUUCAAGUGGAGUCGCAUCAACGUCAGCACCACAAAGAUGUUCGGCUGUUGA